GAUCUAUGCAGUGCGGACGCGUUAUCCCAGAUUCACAAAACAAUGACAAAGAGAUUUUCACUUCAUACAUGAAUGAGAAACACCAGAAGCAUUGAGAUUUUUAAAUCAUAUAACACGUCCUUUUCUCUCUCUGCCCAGAUCAUUGCCGAGGGUGAAGACGCCGUGUUUGACGUCACAGCUGAGGCCCAAGCGUGGAGUAACGGGAGCGGCCCUCGCGUCGCGGUCACAGUCCGGCCUCUCGCUGACGUCGCCAACGCUUUUGCCGGCACCGAGCACCUCCGGGAGGACGCUGGCUGCAGCGGCAUGAAGUGGGAGGCUUCCCUCAUGGUCGCCUGGGACGACACCUCGGCUUGCUCCUCCCGAGGGGAGCUCUCCUACCCGCCACAGGGCCUCCAGAAGGACGAGGAAGUGGAGGAGGAGGAGGAAGAAGACGUGGAAGACGAACUGUACGAGGAUUACUUCAACGAGGAGGCUUCCGGGAGCCGCGUGCGGAGGGGUGCUCACGGCGCCAACAAGAAGGGCCGCGGGAAGAAGGCCUGUAAGCUGCGCUCCAUGUACGUCAACUUCAGGGAAAUCGGAUGGAACUCCUGGAUCAUCGCUCCCACGGGCUACGAGGCGGGCUCCUGCAACGGCCGCUGCACCUUCCCCCUCCAGUCCCACAACACGGCCACCAACCACGCCGUCGUGGCCGCCCUCCGUCGGGAGCUCCAGGGCAGAGGUCGCGGCCCCAGCUGCGUCCCCACCCAGCUCGAGGCCAUCUCCCUGCUGUACUACGACGAGGCGAACAACGUGGUCCUCAAGCAGUACCCCGACAUGGUUGCCAAGAGCUGCGGGUGUCGCUAAGGGGCGGCGGGAGGCCUUGGGCGCCGGCAUCAUCGUCAUCGCGUUUAUCUCCAUCGUCGUUAUUCCACUUAUCAUCAGCGUUAUUCCAGUUAUAGCCAUUAUCACCGUAUUCCAUUCAUCGCCGUUAUCAUUAUUUCUCAUUCCCUUCAUUCAUUUCGUCACGUUUUAUCUCCGAGCUUAAAACUUAAUCAUCUUCCUGUUCUUCCAUCUGUCACUUUCUCUCUAUUCAUUUGUAUUUAUCCAUCUUUUUCUUCCCUGUUCUCUUUUCGAAACGAUUCAUUUUCUCUCCAUUGUGCUCAUCCACUUAAUAAUCCUUGUUAUUAUCCUUUCGAAUAUAUUGUAUA